AUGGCUCCCAGCAAUCUCUCUCACAGGAGGACGCACAAUCUGCUUCUGAUCUCGAAGUUGUUGAGCUUGAGAGAUACGGCGUCACCGCUCACGCUGCUCCAAGACUCGCUUGAGCAACCCGCCACACCCCUCAUCAAGGAGUAUAUUCGACGAGCGAAGCUUUCCAAAGUCCAUAUUACCCUAGUUGCGUUCGAAACUCUGAAGCGGCCGGAUGGAGUCGAUGCGUUUGUAUCAGCUCGUCGAAAGAGCCCGGCAGACAUCAUCAAAGAAGUAACGGCUGCUAGUCCAUCUGCCACGACGACCAGCUCAUCGCGACGUCGCCUCAUCAUCAUUGAUGCUAUCAAUCCUCUUCUGAGCUCAAGAAGGCUAGACCCAGGUUUUCAUUUGCCUUCAUUCCUAAGCUCGUUCAUAGCUCCAGUUGGCCCUGCAAUGGCGACGGCCGAAGCUGCGCUCGUUGUGACAUUUCAUCAAGAUGUCCCGGGACUCGCUCCCCAGAAUCCCUAUUCACCAUCGCCACUAUCCGUACUAAUAUACCUUGCAACAAGUAUUAUCACAGUCCACUCAUUCUCACAUAUUUUGGCACAAAAGGCCGCCCGCGACCGCAGUCUUGUUGCCCCUGUUUUUGGACUCGAAGAAGAACAAGAUGGGGUUCUUGUGGGCCGGCUAGAUAAGCUUUCUGGCACCGGUGUUGCGGAAGGAAUUGUCCUUGAGCUUGAACAUCGGCGCAAAAGUGGACGUGGCGUUUUGGAGUGGUAUCUUCUUCCUCCCGCAUCGCGGUAUUCACCUCAGCAUGUGAAGGAGGUGGUGACUCUUCUUGAUGAUAAUCCGCUCUACAAUCCUCCCAUGGAAAUAGGCACCAAUCUUGAUGACGAGGAACCAAAAUCCACGUUUGAGCUUGGUCUUACUGAAAGGCAGCGAAGGGAUAGAGAGGGAGUUGUCCUUCCUUACUUUGAUGCCCAGAAUGGAAAUGGUCCCGGCGAAGGAGGCCGAAUUCUCUACGAUAUGGGCGAGGAAGACGAUUUUGAUGAAGAAGAGGAUGAAAUCUAG